AUGCUCUUCCUCCUCCUCUUUAAUCAAUUGCGCUGUUCACGGCCAUCUCAACCCUCGCCGCGAGCCCCUCCAUUCACGGCCAUCUCAACCCUCGCCUCUCAUCCCCAUUCUGAAGAAAGCAGCGAUGAAAGACGUGGAUUUCGAAAAAUUGUUGGACCCACUGCUGUUGUUGUUGUUGUCUGUUCAUCUCAUAUCAUAAUUUCAAACUGUGGUGAUUCAAGAGCAAUUCUAUAUCGUGGCAAAGAACCCAUAACAUUAUCUGCUGAUCAUAAACCUAAUCGAGAAGAUGAAUAUGCUAGAAUUGAGGCAGCUGGAGGCAAGGUGAUACAAUGGAAUGGUCAUCGCAUAUUUGGUGUUCUUGCAAUGUCAAGGUCUAUUGUUAAUAAAUUGUAUUUUGAUCGAGGAGUCAUGGUCUGGUGCUUGCUCAGUAAGAAGACACUCAGCAUUGAGUAUGGCCAUGCUAUAUCUUUCUCAUUCCUUAUGCUUGCAUUUGGGGGCAAUGUUUCCAAGGUAAAUAUGAGCAUUGCUAUACUUCCUAUGUCAGCAGAGUACAACUGGAGCCCCAGCGCUGUCGGUUUAAUACAGUCUUCAUUCUUUUGGGGAUACCUCCUCACUCAGGUUUAA